UCCUCCACGCAGAGCAUGAUCACAAACUAGAGUAGACUAGUGCUCUCUUACUAUCUUUGAUCCUUUCUGUCUUUCUUCCUUCAUUUUGCAUUUUGACUGUUCCUCAGAGAAUUAGCUUCAGUAACCCGUUUCUUUACCUGCUUCGCCGAACGUAUGUCCAUGUGAAGAUCGAGCUAGCGUUCUUGCUAGCAAUUGGUCUGCAGGAUCCAUUCCAAGUUUCCCGCCAUCACCAUGGGCAUCACCCGCGCGCACAUCGUGAAGAACGACUCCCUGGAGGACAGGCUGGGCGACUACGUCGGCGGCAAGCCGAGGCGCGCGUCGUUGGGGGCGGCGGCGAAGCACUCGUCGCGCCUCGUGGCGGCGCUCACCUGCCUCCAGCUCGCCUUCGCCAUCUACGCCACCUUCCUGCUCUACUACAUGAGCCCCGCCGUGGACCUCCGCGCCAAGCCCGACUUCGCCUGGGCCACCCGCAUCGCGCAGCGCUGGAAGCAGAGCAUCAUGCCCGACGGCGGCGGCGACCUGCUGUUGUCGCCGCAGGAGGUGUGCGAGCACGAAAGCAUCGAGUUCGAGCAGAAGAAGUCCACCGACGCGCUCAUGAUCCGCCUCAAGCGCGAGCUCUACGACGAGGUGCUCGCCUUCCAGCGCCGCUCCUUCGCCGCCGAGACGCUCCCCGAGCUCCUCCGCAUGCGCUCCCGCUGGCCCUCGCCGCCGUCCGACGAGGCCGGCCGGCCGCGGGUCACGGUCAUCCUCAACCACUUCAAGCGGCGCACGCUGUGCGCGCAGCUGGACACGCUCCGGCGGCAGACGCUGCCGUUCCACCGCGCCUGGGUGCUCGCCUUCGGGAGCCCCAACGAGGCCUCGCUCCGGCGCAUCGUCGAGAGCUACAACGACACCCGCGUCAGCUUCGUCGCCUCCGGCUACGACUUCAAGUACUACGGCCGCUUCCAGAUGGCGCUGCAGGCCGAGUCCGACUUCGUCUACGUCCUCGACGACGACAUGAUCCCCGGCACCCGCAUGCUCGAGAUCCUCUGCCACGUCGCCGGCACCGACAAGUACCGCAACGCCGUGCUAGGCAGCAUCGGCCGCAUCCUCCCCUUCCGGGGCAAGGACUUCACCUUCCCCAGCUACCGCAAGUUCCGCUCCCGGGAGGCCGGGCUCUACCUCCCCGACCCGGCCUACGACAUCACCGUCGACCGGAUCGUGCAGGUGGACUUCCUCUCCAGCUCAUGGUUCCUCGCCACGGAGCUCGUCAAGACGCUCUUCAUCGAGACGCCCUUCACCUUCAUGACCGGCGAGGACCUGCACCUCAGCUACCAGCUGCAGAAGUACAUGGGCGCCGGCUCCUUCGUGCUCCCCGUCGACCCCGCCGACAAGGAGACGUGGGGGGACAGCGAGCACCGCCUGGCCUACGUCUCCGAGACGACAGUCAUCUUCAAGGACAUCGUGACCGUGCGGGACGAGCAGUGGUGGCGCGCGCUCACCUCCGGCUACGUGACGCAGUGGGCGGCCAUGAACCCGCAGAAGGUGGACGCGCUCUUCUACGCGCACUCCCUCGCCGAGGUCAGGGCGCUGGCGCCGCUGCUGGAGAAGUUCCGCACCACCGCCGGCCGGAAGGCGUACCUCGUCGUGUCCGGUGGCGGGCACUGCCCCUGCGAGGAGGCCGCGGCCGUGCUCAAGUGGCCCAAGGUGGUGUGCAAGGAGCGGCGGUUCAAGGUGUUCGACCUGGCCCUCGGCGCGCUCUCUGGCCCGUCCCAUUCCGACGUGCCCGUGCUGCAGGCCGUCUACUCCAGCAUGCGCGGCCUCGUCCGGAUGCACAACCCCAGCGUCAUCGUCGCGGUGGCCGACGUCGACGGUAAGGUCAAGGAAGCGCUCCGCAUGGCCGCCGACGCCGCUGUCAACCAAACCGCACUCGUCCUCCUCCCUAGAAAGACCAUCCCCAAGGUGCUCUGGAUGGCCACCCUCCGCCCUGCCUCACUCCCAAACUGGAACAAGAUGAGGAUCUCGGUGAACAUCAUCACGCAGACGCGCGCGGGGUCCCUGCAGCGGCUACUCAGCUCGCUGAAGAACGCCUACUACCUGGGCGACGAGGUGCCGAUCAGCUUCAACAUGGACAGCAAGGUGGACGCAGCGACCCUCAACACGGUGAACGCCUUCGCCUGGCCGCACGGCGGCAAGACGCUGCGCCGCCGCAUCAUCCAGGGCGGCCUCAUCCGCGCCGUCAGCGAGAGCUGGUACCCGGCCUCCGACGACGACUACGGGCUCCUCCUCGAGGACGACAUCGAGGUGUCCCCCUACUACUACCUCUGGGUCAAGUACGCCCUCCUCGCCUACCGCUACGACCCCACCGUCUCCCUCCCGGAGCUCUCCUCCAUCUCGCUCUACACGCCCCGCCUCGUCGAGGUCACCAAGGAGCGGCCGCGCUGGAACGCCACCGCCUUCUUUGGCGCCACCAAGCAUGGCGCCAACACCCCCUACCUCCACCAGCUCCCCUGCAGCUGGGGCGCCGUCUUCUUCCCCAAGCACUGGCGCGAGUUCUACGCCUACAUGGCGGCACGCUUCACGGAGGACGCCAAGACGAACCCGGUGCAGAUCCCGAGGUCACGCACCAACGGCUGGCAGGCGUCAUGGAAGAAGUUCCUCAUCGACAUGAUGUACCUUAGGGGGUACGUCAGCCUCUACCCAAACUUCCCCAACCAGACCAGCUUCUCCACCAACCACAUGGAGCCCGGCGCCCACAUCAGCGCCAAGGACAACAAGCUCAAGCAUGACAAGGGCGACUUCGAGGUGCCGCUCGUCGCCGACGACUUCGCGCCGCUCCUGCCGUCGGGCAAGAUGCCGCCGGCGUCCAAGCUCCCCGUGCUGAACCUCUUCAACCAGCCCGUGUCCAUCAAGGGGCUCAAGGCCGCCGGGGCCAAGCUCCGGCAGGACGUCCUCAGCUGCAUCGCCACCCAGCAAGUCUCCGUCGACCACGUCACCGGCUUGCCCAAGAACUGCACCGCCUUCUGAGUUCCAUGAUCUUCCCUCCUACGAUCCCAUUGCAUAGCAUAAACUACGGGCUGCAUCGCAUUCGCAUGCAUCCUCAUUAGACUCUCCAAAUUUGUUUUCUGUUGGUCGAAUGUUUGUAUCGAUUCUUUGCGAAUUCAAUGCACUUUACGAUGUAAUGAUUUCAGUGCUAGAUAAAUCCAUUCCAGCGACAGCUAAUAUGAGUAUGUAUUCUGUUCUCCGUCCUUUUAGCACUCACACUGAAAAUGUGAGAUGAUCUAUAAACUAAAGGUGCAGCCAAAAGAGGC